AUGAAGUUUGGGAAGAGCAUCUGUAUCCUUAAUGUGGGUGGCACAAAAUAUGCGUUCCCUAAGGAUGUGAUAAAGGAUUUCCCUCUGAGUAGAGUGAGCCGUUUGCACAAAUGCGCAUCAGAGAAAGAAGUACUGGAAGUGUGUGACGACUAUGACCGGGAACGGAACGAAUUUUUCUUUGAUAGGCACUCGGAGGCUUUUUGUUUCAUCAUGCUGUACGUGAAGUACGGGAAGCUACGGUUCGUCCCGCAGAUGUGCGAGCUAUCAUUCUAUAACGAGAUGAUUUACUGGGGGCUGGAGAGCUCACACUUGGAGUUUUGCUGCCAGCGGAGACUGGACAAUAGGAUGUCCGAUUCGUACAUUCAUUUCUCCGAGGAGGAAGUCAAACUCGAGGAAGAGUUGAGGGGCGAGAAUUUGGUGACUCGCGUGGUCACGGAGAGAGAGGAGUCCAAGUGGCUGGAGAGAAUGAGAAGUACUUUUGAGGAGCCGACUUCAUCAGUCGCAGCACAAAUAUUGGCCUCAGUGUCCGUUAUAUUUGUUAUAGUGUCCAUGGUGAUGCUUUGUGUGAGUACUUUGCCAGAUUGGAAAACCGCUGAGAACAACAGCGUGGAGGAGCACCAGUACAAUCCAGACUCUUUAGAGCAUCCAUCCGGGUAUCUAUGUCCUAUCUUUUUAUUAUAUAUUUCCAGAUUUCUCCGUUAUUUGAUUGCCUGCGAUGUUGAUACAUGUGUUCAAUGCUCUACUUCUCAAUAGACUUGUAAGGACCACAAGAGUGCACACCGUUUUGUUUCAGCAGCUGUGACAUAGGCCUACCUACAAUAAUUUAGAAUGUAUAUUGUUGUAUUCUGCAUAUAAUACAGUGGAGGCUUGUGGGAGGAGCUAUAGGAGGACGGGCUCAUUGUAAUGGCUGGAAUUAAAGUUAAGGGUUAAGUUUAGGCACUCAUUUUGAAUGGUUAAGGUAAGGGUUAAGGUUUGGCAAUAGAGUUAAAACAUUACAUUAAGUUUAAGCACAUUAAACAUUAAAGAUGCACUAUGCAGACAUGGCUCUGUCAUUUCCAGGUUGCUAAAAUUCGAAUAGUUUGCCUAAUUUCAGUUUAUGUGACAAAACAAGCAAGUAUAGUGUAGAGAAUUAUUGUACCAUCUAAACUGCUGUGAAAUAUGUUUUCCAUAACCAAAAAUAUUGUAUUUUCAGCUGUUUGAAGCUGGUGUACAAAACCGAAAGUAAAAGAUGCAAAAACGAAACUUAAGAACGGGAAGCAUAGAAAUAGCGCAUAUAGAACAGAUCUGAUCGCCCAAAAAGUUUCAUAUUGCAGCUUUAAGUUUAGCACUAAUUCUGAAUGGUUAAGGUAAGGGUUAAGAUUUGGAGUAGGGUUAAAAACCAAGAUUUUCAAACCAGUGAGUCAAAAUGUCACAUUUCUAAGUUAAGGGUUAAGUUUAGGCACUCAUUCCGAACGGUUAAAGUAAGGGUUAAGGUUUUGGAUAGGGUUAAAAUAUAUAAAUAUAUAUAUGUGAUGAGUGUGAUAGAAGGAGUCAGGUGCAGGAAGGUAAUCACAGAAUGCAGAGUUUAUUCCGUCGUACACAAAUAGCGCUGGAUAGCGACAAACGAAACAGGCACAGGGGAAAAUCUACCCUGGUAGGUAACGGUAGAUCUGUGCGUAAUGCCUGCUCUAUAUCCGCGUCCAUCGCCCAUACUACCGGCGCCACAAUGCAGGAGGCUGGGAGUAUGGCAGUGUUGUCUCUGGGCCUCUCCUCUGUGUCAUACAGCCGGGACAGUGCGUCUGCCUUCACGUUCUUUGUACCCGGAAUGUAUGACAGUGUAAAAUCAAACCGGGUGAAGAAUAGGGCCCUCCUCGCUGCCUGGAUGUACUCCAGGUUACGGUGGUCCGUCCAGAUGAGGAAAGGGUGUUUCGCCCCUUUGAGCCAAUGCCUCCACACGGUCAAUGCUCGGACAACAGCCAACAGCUCCCGAUCACCAAAGUCGUAGUUCUGCUCCGCCGGGCUGAGCUUCUUUGAGAAGAAGGCACAGGGGUGGAGCUUGGGUGGCGUGCCCAAGCGUUGAGACAGGACAGCGCCUAUCCCUACCUCGGACGCAUCCACCUCCACUAUGAAUGUUAGUGAUGGAUCGGGGUGGGCCAGUACCGGGGCUGAGGUGAACAGACCCCGCAGUUUGCUGAAGGCCAGGUCAGCCUCAGCAGACCAGCGGAGCCGGGACGGCCCACCCUUCAACAGGGAUGUAAUGGGAGCUGCGACCUUGCCAAAGCCCCGGAUAAACCUCCGAUAAUAGUUGGUGAAGCCAAGGAAGCGCUGCACCUCCUUAACCGUGGUUAGAGUCUGGCCAAUUACGCACGGCUGAAAUGCGAUCUCCCUCCAUCUCCACACCUGUGGUAGUAAUACGGUAUACGAGGAAGGAGACGGACUUCUGGAAAAACAGACACUUUUCUGCCUUGGCAUAAAGGUCAUUUUCCAACAGUUGGGCCAGCACUUUGUGAACCAGGGACACAUGCUCGGCGCGCGUAGCAGAAUACACCAGGAUGUCAUCGAUGUAGACCACCACACUGCGACCAAGCAUGUCCCGAAACACCUCGUUCACAAAGGACUGGAAGACGGAUGGAACAUUCAUCAAACCGUAGGGCAUCACCAGGUAUUCAUAAUGCCCCGUGGUUGUGCUGAAUGCUGUCUUCCACUCAUCCCCCCCCCCCCCCCCGAACACGCACCAGGUUGUAUGCACUCCUGAGAUCUAAUUUGGUGAAGAAGCGUGCCCCAUGCAUUGACUCAAUCACUGAAGGAAUGAGGGGGAGAGGAUAACUAAAUCUAAUAGUCUCCUUGUUCAGUGAUCGAUAAUCAAUGCACGGGCGCAGACCGCCGUCUUUCUUCUUCACAAAGAGGAAACUCGAGGAGGCGGGUGAAGUGGAGGGACGUAUAUACCCCUGGUCCAGGGACUCUGUUGCCCAUUGCCUCCGUUUCAGCCUGCGACAGGGGGUACACAUGACUCCUGGGAGGUACAGCGUCUACCCGAAGGUUUAUCGCGCAAUCCCUCGCCCAAUGAGGUGGUAAUUUUGUCACCUGUGUCUUAGAAAAUGCGUGCACCAGAUCAUGGUAUUCGGGGGAAAUGCGCACGGUGGAGGUACCGUCUGGACUUUCCACCGUGGUUGCACCAACGGAAACACCUAGACACCUACCCUGACACUCUCGCGACCACCCUGUGAGAACCGUCUGCGGCCAUGAGAAGGUGGGGUUGUGGAGUGCUAGCCAAGGGAUACCUAAUACCUCAGGGAAAGCAGGAGACUCAAUAAUCGAAAAGUAACCUGCUCACAAUGAGUCUCCUGGGUGAUCAUGGUGACUGGUACAGUGACUUCCUUUACAAACCCGGAUCCUAAUGGUCGACUAUCAAGUGCUCUGAUGGGGAGUGGAAUGGAUAGGGGAACCAAAGAAAAGCCUUGACGGCGUGAGAAUGCCCUGUCCAUAAAGUUCCCAGCUUCGCCUGAAUCGACUAGCGCCUUACACUGGGGAACUACCAUGUGAUCGGGAAAGUGGAUAGGUAGGGUACAGUGCGCAGCAGAGGGCUCUGAACGAGUGUGGGUGUUCGAUACCUGGGGUGAUGCAAGAGUGCCCUGCCUGCCGCCUCCAGGCCCAAAAGAGCGUUGACUACGACGUGUGGUGUACUGUCCCUUCGUGCCACCAGAGUGGCACUGUCGCUGUCGUAAUCCACUCUCUCGGAUGGCGGCUCUACCCAGCUCCAUCUGCUCGGGAUCCGAGUCGUCCGGGGUGGAAACGGGCAGACCCUACCAGGACGUCCUCUGGCUGCCAGCAGGUUGUCCAAACGGAUGGACAUGUCCACCAGUUUUGUGAAAGACAACAUGGUGUCCCGGCAGGCUAGCUCCCGUCGGACGUCCUCCCACAGAUGGCACCGGAAAUGGUAGAUCUGGGCCCGCUCGUUCCACCCGGCCCCGCUGCCAGAGUCCAAAACUCCAACGCGAAGUCCUGCGCAGUCCUCAUCCCCUGCCUCAGGUGGACCAGCCGCUCGCCCGCUACUCGACCCUCGAAAGAGUCGAGCAAACUCCCCGUAGUCCUCCUUCGUUCCAAACCGCGUUGGCCCACUCCAGGGCUUUCCCCGAGAGGCAGGAAACGAGGACGGACAUCUCCCGCUACGAUGGUGCCGGCUUGAUGCUGGAGAAGUAAAGCUCCAGUUGGAGGAGGAAUCCUUGGUAGAGCGCCGCCGUCCCGUCGAACGCCCGUGGUCGGGAUAUCUGGUUCCCUCCGGGUGCUGGGGUGUAGGUGGCUGUAUCCGGUUGGCCAGCUUGUCUUGACAGAUCGGGUCCUCUCCUCUCCAGGCUUUGGACGACCUGAAGAACCCGAUCCAUCGCAUCCCCCAAGUUGGCCAGCAUCGUGGAAUGCUCCUGGACCCGUGCCACGACUCCAGGCAUGCUCUCUUCUCCCGCUGACUCCAUAUUCGGGUGGGUGAUUCUGUGAUAGAAGGAGUCAGGCGCAGGAGGGUAAUCACCGAAUGCAGAGUUUAUUCCGUCGUACACAAAUAGCGCUGGAUAGCGACAAACAAAACAGGCACAGGGGAAAAUCUACUCUGGCAAUACAAGGUAACGGUAGCUCCAACAAUAACAGGCACAGGGGAAAUAUCUACCCCGGCAAUAACAAUGUACGAGUAGCUCCACCGAGCUACACUACUCUCACAAAUAAACAAUCACCCACAAGGACAAGUGGGGCAGAGGGAACACUUAUACAUGGACUAAUGAGGGGAUAAGAACCAGGUGUGUGUAAUUAACAAGACAAGACAAAUGGAAUGAUGAUACAUGGAGCGGCAGUGGCUAGUAAGCCGGUGACGACGAACGCCGAAGCCUGCCCAAACAAGGAGGGGAGGCAGCCUCGGCGGAAGUCGUGACAAUAUAUUUUUUUUGUCCAUGAUUGGGAUCAAACACGCAACCUUCUAAUCCAGAGUCAUGGAAUUACGCCUGUCCACAAUGCCAUAGCAAAACCCAAGCCAUCUUAAUGGUAAUAGUGCACACUGUUGCCCCUAUGGCUGGUUUUGAAGGCAUUUCCCGAUGUCCUCAGGACAUGGAUAGACGUCCAAUUGCGACGUCAAUCUGAAAAGAACAAUAGGGUAAACUGUUAUUGCCUGUCUUGUUAAAAAAAAAGUAACGCUCUUUAUAGGCCUACUUUCAACGCAUUUUUCUGCAAAGGGUGGGUAAAUUGUGUUUACUCUCCACGACACCACUGGGGCUACCAUUUAGUAGUCCGCGACAAUGCCAUUUCUAAGCAACAUAAGCGGCCACUAGGGGGCCCCCAACCAAAUGUUAGGAAAGAAAGUAUGUAUAUAUAUAUAUAUAUUUUAUAUACUACUAUUAUUUUUUAGAAGCCAGUCAGGGUCUCAACUUACUGUUAGUUAGGAUAGUGGAAUCCUGUGCAAUUUCUAAAUUUGGUAGUGCAUCAGCAGUUUUCCUCUUGGUAUGUAAUUCACUGACAGUCACUCAAUUAGCCCAUGUCAGCUUAAAUUUUAUAGAUUGCUAGGUAAAUUGGUCUAGCCAGCUAUCUAAACCUUGUAGUAAUCGUGGCCGAAUUACUGACGUGCCCAGGGGCCCUGACCACCAGGGGGUACCCAUUGAUUUAGUUAGUUAUUCUCACUCAGAUACAGUAUCAAAUGAACACGGCAUAAGUCAUGGCAAACUGUGUAGAAUUGCGAAAUGUUCCCAAAAUGUCUAAUUAUUAUUAUUAUAGAACUGCAGGAAAUUAGCAUUAAAACUGCUACAUUUUAUCUCCAUACCAUGGCAAAAUGUGUAGAGCUGCACAUUUUUCUCUCCACUGCCAAGAGGGGGGCCACUAAAAUGUUUUGGCCGUGAGCUAGAAACGGCCCUGGUCCCCGACCACAUGGUCUCCUGGCAACAGAUUGUAUGAGCCCCUGUGGGGAAGGGGGCAGAGGAGGAGCUGAAUGUUUAUCAAAGUUAAAUGUCAAGGGAGCUUCUGGUCUGAUCUUACCAAGUGAACAACACAUUUCAUGUGCCAAAGUCUCCAUUUUGUGUGUUGGCCAAUUGUCAUUACGGACACUUAAAGGUGUUCAUUCUAAAUGUUAAUUGCCAGAAGCACCACUGUCCCUUGCACUAUUGUCAUUUUUGUCAUGCAUUUUAUCUUUCAGCACUAACACAUGUUUACAGUGAAAAAGUUAGAUUAAGGCAGUAAAUGUAAAUGAGUUGUGACUGUCUCGGCUCCCUUUUUGGAUGAGCGCGUAUGUAUCGGUAGCUGUCCAAGGUACUGAUUUUAGUGGUAGCCUACUAUAAUAAUAGUCAGGACCUGUCCACAGUGCUGAUUUCAGGUAGAGUACGCUUACCAUUGUCAUAGGAGAGACAGAUAAAAUUAAUGAUGUAUUGCUGUUUCUUGGUGUCAGUUUCAUGUCUACUUUUUUUAAAGAUACUUUUGAUGUUUUGAAGGAGAUCAGAACAUGAAUCAAUCAAAUUUAGCCAUUUAUCAAUACAUAUAACUGUGUCAGCCAAUACUUUUGUCCAUUUGUCUACAGAGCUGUUUGUCAUCCCUUUCUUGUCUGCUCUCACUCUGCUCUUUAACCUGUGUGUCUGUCUGUCUUGUAUCCAUGACUGCCACGCGGACCGCUCUCAAGGUAUUGGUACCUGAAAGGCACCCAACACCAUCAGUGUGUGUGUGUGUGUGUGUGUGUGUGUGUGUGUGUGUGUGUGUGUGUGUGUGUGUGUGUGUGCAGUUGUAGGUAAUGCAGGUAGGUAUUGUUCUAAGCCAAUGGUGGGAGGUUAUGGUUAUACCUGAUUUGUUUCCCUUUUAAAUGGGCAAAUGUUUUAUUUAAGUGAGCAUGACGUCACAAAUGCUAGUUGUCCCAAGGUAAUACAGUAAAGGGUACUCCCAUUCUACACAAGCAACUUAGGAUGUACUGAGCCCUUGCACCGAGCCCUCACUUCAAUGCAAAUGACAAUAGUUUCUAUUUGGUCAAAGUGUAUUUUUUGUCAGCAUAUAAUUGACCCAAGGCAAGAAUUCUUUAUGUAUAGCAUGUUGGGGGGAAAUGACUAAUUGAUGAUAUCAACAGUGACCCCUAAACAUCACCACACAAUAAUUAUGUGAGAUUAUUCAGUGUAUAAUUUAUAUUUGGACAAUAUGAAUAACAUCUGUAUCAAUAUUGCAUUGAGGUAGGUCAUAAUUUAUGAGCCUUUUAGGUGUCUGGAUUCAUUUAUAUCAGCAUUUGACAAUAGCAUAUGUUGUUGGAUUAAACUGUAACUGGCUUUUGAAUGGCUGACUACAAUCCCUCAUUACAGCCCUACUUCUACUCUGAUCCUUUGUGGCAGCCUGUCCUCCCCCUCUCUAAACCUAAUAGGCAUGCUCAGGGCUCAGCCUCAACCAGGUCUACCUUGUCUAUAAUUCAUGGUAUAAUCAAGGGGAAAAGAAGCAUCUCUGAUCAGUAUGCUUCUACCAUCCUCUUGCCCUGGAGUAUACGCACUGAUCUGCAAUACAUAUGUCUUUAAAGUCCAGGCCCAUGAAUGGUCUCAGAAUCAAAUGAAAAUCAAAAAUGUGCAUGCUACUAUGAUUUGGCAUUUGCUGCUGUUGUAUGUUUUCAAAUGAAUUCACUUGUGAACAUUGUAAAUUAUCAUGUGAUUACGUCAAUGUCUGAGGGUUAUUUCUCACUAUGUAGCAAAAUUAAUAAGGCAAAGUAUGGUGCCCAAAUAUAAUACUUUAAAUUACAACCUGACUUAAAAUAUCUUCUGCAUGUUCUGGAAUUAAAAAGUUCAGGUGGUCAGGUUGGGAAAUUACAACAGGAUUAUGAUGUGAAAAUGACCAGGAUUACGAUGUGAAAAUGUUAGAAUAUCAAGAAUCAAUUUAUUGCAUCAAAAUGUAAGAGCGUCCAUAAGUCAUAUCCCGCUGGGCACAGACUUCAGUUCAACGUCUAGUUGUCAACUAUUGUGAAUUUAACGUGAAAUCAGCAAAAAAAAUUCACCAUGUCAUUGGAUUUAGGUUAAAAGUUGAAAUGCCCUUAUGUUGAUUACUUUUUGCAACUCCAAUCAGUUUUCCACAUUGAUUCAACAUCAUCACAUACAUUUUUUUGGGUUGAAAUUACGUGGAAACAACGUUGAUUCAACCAGUUUUUACCCAGUGGGAUGGCUCCAAGACUAUAGCUUACCAGGUGUUUGUGAGUGAAGCUUUAUGAGUUAUCAAUGUAGUGAGAUUGAAGCCUUUUAUGAGUCACUGGUCAAUCAAGACCCACUAUCAAUACAGUAAACCAGUGUUGUAUAAGUGAUUGACAGCACCCUUCUUCAAUAGAACACUCUCGCACUGCUCCUAAAUUCUUAGAAAAAAGGGUUAAUAAAAGGGGUCUCAGGUUUUCCCUGUAGACCAGUGUUUCCCAACUCCAGUCCUCCAGUAUCCCCAACAGCACACAUUUUAGUUGUAGCCCCGGACAAGCACACCUGAUUCAACUUGUAACUAAUCAUCAAGCCCUCAAUGAGUUGAAUCAGGUGAGUUUGUCUGGGGCUACAACAAAAAUGUGUGCUGUUGGGGGUAUCCGAGGACUGGAGUUGGGAAACUGCUGUGUAGGCGAACACCUUUUUUGGUUCCAAAACAUUUUCACCCAACAAAUAAGCCCUAACCCUCAAUAAACCAUUUAAGAACCCUUCAGUGAAAAGGUUCUACCUGAAACCAAAAUGGGUUCUACGUAGAAACUUUUAUUUUGUAAGAGUAAUGUCUGCAGUCCAUUGCUUGUAGAUAUACAGUGGUGUGUAGACCUAUAGUGGAAUCUCCAGCUCUCCUGCUCGCGGUAACUCUGCCUGGUUCUCCCUCCCACAGGAUCAUCGAGGCUGUGUGUAUCGGCUGGUUCACCGCCGAGUGCAUCGUGCGCUUCAUCGUGUCGCGGGACAAGUGUGAGUUUGUCAAACGGCCCCUCAACAUCAUCGACCUACUGGCCAUCACACCCUACUACAUCUCCAUCUCCAUGACCAUGCUGACAGGGGAGAACUCCCAGCUUCAGCGGGCGGGCGUCACCCUGCGUGUCCUGCGCAUGAUGCGCAUCUUCUGGGUGAUCAAGCUGGCCCGUCACUUCCUGGGCCUGCAGACUCUGGGGCUGACGCUGAGUCGCUGCUACCGGGAGAUGGUGAUGCUGCUGCUGUUCAUCUGUGUGCCCAUGGCCAUCUUCAGUGCUCUAGCCCAGCUGCUGGAGCAUGGCCUGGACCUGGAGUCGCCCAACGAGGACUACGCCAGCAUCCCCGCCGCCUGCUGGUGGGUUAUUAUCUCCAUGACCACUGUGGGCUAUGGAGACAUGUACCCCAUCACUGUGCCUGGGCGAGUGCUGGGUGGCCUGUGCGUGGUGAGCGGCAUCGUGCUCCUGGCGCUGCCCAUCACCUUCAUCUACCACAGCUUUGUGCAGUGCUACCAUGAGCUCAAGUUCCGCUCGGCCCGCUGCACACGGAGCCUGUCAGCAGAGUUUCUCAACUGA